CAUGGACCUCAAGCCGUACAUGGACAUGGAGGGGCUCCGCCAGCCCGGGUACUCCAUCCAGGGUCUACUGGGCGGCUCGGGGAGUCAUGGGGACCCCUUGGUGUCCGGGCUGCCAUCCAUGAUCAGCCCCUUCGCCCAUCAGUCGUCAGUGCCGCAGAAGUUUAGUUAUGAGGAAGUACCUCAGGAACAACCCGCUCUCACACCGUCCCCUCCGCCGACCUACGCCGCAGCCACCGCCGCCGCACAGGGUUCUGGGAAGCGGAAACAGAGGAGAUACAGGACUACCUUCAGCAACUUCCAGUUGGAGGAGCUAGAGAGGGCGUUCCACAAGACGCACUACCCAGAUGUGUUCUUCAGAGAAGAGCUUGCGUUGAGGAUAGACUUAACAGAGGCGAGGGUUCAGGUGUGGUUCCAGAAUCGCCGAGCCAAAUGGAGGAAACAGGAGAAGUUGAUGGCCAAACAACAGCUGAAUGUUGUGUCCUCCCACCACCAGAAUGCAGUAGUGUCGCAACAUCAGCCUCUUCCUAUCAUCACUGUACCAGUUUGCUCAAGUCCAAGUCUCCUGGCAGACUCGACGUCACAAAUGGGAUCCUUCAGCCCAGGGCCCUCUACCGGAUUGUUCCUGGGUAUGGAGUGGGGAGGCUUCGCCCCGUACCACAUCUCAUCACCCUCAUGCAAGGCACAAACAGAGAUUGACCCUGAUCUCUUGAGACUCAAGCCCUCCCGUGACGUCACCUCUGAUCCUUCCACGGACCUACUACUAUCUACGCCGUAAUCCUUCAUAAGCUUUAGCGAAUCUCAUUUCACUGCUACUUCCUUUCUCUUUCCUCUUCGUCUUUUCUUUUCGUGACGUUUCAGAGGGUGUUGUGUCCACUGAGACUGUUGUAGGACUUUAUCCUCUUCAUUCUGUUCUUUCUGGAUUCUACGUACCUCUUACAUCCAGUACCCUUGGGCAUUGUUUGCCAUUUUCUUCAUUUCUAGUUCUUCAACCUUGUGUCACCUCCAUUGAGGAUCUUCUUUUAAAUCGUUACCUGUACAAUUAAAUAUAGCUUGUUAAGUUUCUGUUUUUAA